AUGUAUUUAAAAAACAUUGAAAGUCCGGUCAUUUUAAGCUUCAGUCAUACACCAAUGUCGAUCGCUAAAACUUCAGCAAGGAAACUCAAUUACACAGAUAUCUAUCGUUCUAUAUUUAAAUUAGACGGAAAUGAAUCCAGACUAGUCACGGAUGAUGAAUUAAAACUCAUGAAAGUAGCCAGUUUAGUAUGUGUAGAGAACUUUUCCGAGGAUAUUUUCAAAUUAUUCCCCAAUGACAACUAUGCCGAUAAAUCGAUAAUAAGUACGAUUCACGAUAUGGCGCCCACAUAUUCCGAUACAAUGAUCAAUUGUAAUGUGUUUAAUAAUAUGGCACAGUGUCAUGAUUAUUUUUUUCCAAGCAUAACUGAUGAUGGCCUUUGCUACACUUUCAAUAUGUUCAACACGAAAGAUUUUGUGACUGAUAACUUAUCAUCGGAUUUAUUGGAUGUGCUCUACAAUAUAUCGCCAAUGGCCAAUUGGAAAAUGGAAAGUGGUUACGAUGAAUCACACGUUAAGCCAUAUCCAAUGCGAGUAUUUGGCACUGGCAAACAAUUUUGCGUUGGUGUUUUACUCCGAAUUUUUAAUAGUGAUUCGGAUCCACUGGCGGUGGUAAAAAAAAUUGCAAAUUAUGCCCAAACUGUCACACUGCUAGCGCCUCGAUGGAAUUCAGUGUAA